AUGGCUCAAGGACCAGCUUUAGUUUGUAGACUUUUGGCUUCGUCGGUAUCUGUUGCUCAUAAAGCAGGUAACAUAAUUCGCGAUGUUAUGCAAAAAGGAGAUUUGGGAAUAAUUGAAAAGGGUGAAAAUGACUUGCAAACUGAAGCUGAUAGAUCUGCACAACGGUGUAUUGUUGCAUCUUUUAAAAAUCUGUAUCCUAAUGUGAAUAUUGUGGCGGAGGAAGUUGAUAAAAUUAGUCAAAAUUUGGAUGUUCCUGCAGAUUGGCUAAUUACUGAUCUUGAUCCUAAAAUAUUGGAUUUGGAGUGUCCAAAAUCACUACUUGAUGUUACAGAAGAUCAAGUAACAAUUUGGGUAGACCCAUUAGAUGGAACAUCAGAAUUUACAAAAGGUUUAAUAGAUCAUGUUACAAUAUUAAUUGGAGUAUGUGUCAAUGAUGAAGCUGUGGCUGGAGUAAUUUAUCAACCUUUUUGGCAAAACCGUGGUCGAGCUCUUUGGGGUCUGGUUGGCAGUGGUGUAGGUGGGUUUGAGUUAAAAGAACCCCCUCAAACAAAGAAAGUGUAUGUAACCACUAGGAGUCACUAUGAUAAAGCAAUAGAACAAUUUAUUGAUGGCUUAAAACCUUGCGAAGUUAUACGAGUUGGUGGUGCUGGAAAUAAGGUACUUUAUAUAUUAGAAGGAAAAGCACAUGCUUAUGUUUAUCCUAGUGCUGGUUGCAAACGAUGGGAUACAGCAGCACCAGAGGCAGUACUAAGAGCAGCUGGUGGUGAAUUGACAGAUGUACAUGGAAAUAAGUACAGCUAUAGCAAGGAAAACGAAAAAGACCCUUUAAAUAAAUAUGGAGUAUUUGCUACGGCUCCUUCUUAUAACCAUACUGAAUUCAUGAAACUUAUUAGUGAAAUUCAGUCACAAAAUGUAAAAAAUGAUUAG